AUGCGCGCUUCAUCGGAUUCGAUCUCUUGGCGAGGCGCGUCGAUCGACGAAGCUUCCGUGGUGUCGGUUUUGGGAACGACGAAUUCGACGAAUACGAAGAAUACGAGUGCUAAACAUCAGUGUUUGUUCGCGGCGUGCGUGCCGGCGAAAGAGAAACGAGUCGAGCACGCGUUCGAGUCCUUACCUUCGGAAACGUUCGAGCGCGCGAUAUAUCCGGGAGGAGGAUUCGCUCGAGCCUCGAACACGGAUAAAGUUCAACACGCGGAAUAUCACGACGCCGCGUUUCUUUUACACUCGGACUCGUUAAAAGUGGACGUGUUGGCGGAUAAGUUUUUCCACGUGAGAGAUAAACACAGCGACUUGAGACAACGCGCGGUGUCUUUGAAGGAGACGUGUAAAGAGCUCGGGACGCAGCAUAAGUUUUCGUUUAUCGUUUUAGAUUGCGUGGCGAGGAGGGUGUUUUGCGCGGCGACGGAACACUCGGCGCCUUUAAGUUUUGGCCACGGGACGGAUGGAACGUUGGUCGCUUUUUGCUCGAGGAUCGGGAAUAAAAGUCCGUCGAGGUGGCCGUUGAACGGAGAUCAGAGUAGCACGUCGAUUAGGGUAAACGCGACGCACAGGCAUUCUCAAGAUGUCCGAGGGAUGGGAGCAAUUCAAGCGAGCUCGCAGAGAAGGGCGAGCACGGAUCCGAGAGCGCAAGAUCAAAAAUUUACGCACAAACCGAGCGAUCCGAUGACGUCUCGGCAGUCGAUGGACGAGAGCAGACCGUAUAAUUGGGGUAAAGAAAGUAGCGGCGCUGCGGGUGGUGGUGAGAGUGGUGGAGAUGCGAUAAAAGUUGCCGCACCGCCAAUGUCAUCGGACGCUAUACCGAUCACGCAUUUACCUUCCGGAAGAUUCGUGUACGGACACAAAUAUUUACAACCGUUUGAGUUCACGUCCUUUUGGUCGUCGAGCUCGAAUAACCGAUCAGGCGUCCCAGAGCGUCGGUUUGAUGCGCACGAGUUUCAAGAGAAUCAGAGAUUGAUGAAUGAAGAUACUUUUGUGGUUUCUAAAUCCGGCGAGCGCAAAUCUAUCGACGAGUUACGAUGUCCCAACGAGAUUCCCAGACGGUCUUUGGAGGAACAUCGAUCUCGCAAGUGGGCGACUGGGGAUCACGUGAGCGAUAAAGUGGACAAUUGGAGAAGGAAAUCGGACGCGACCGAAACCGGUAACAUCGCAACUAAGAAAAAUGUGGAUGGUUCGGUGUUCGCGGAAAGUUCUUUCGGCAAAUCUCGCGCGAGCACGGAAAGUAGCAACAAUAGCAGAAAAAACAGCAUGAGCGCCGACGGGAAGAAGAAGACGUCUGUCGAGGCCACGUCGAAGAAACCGGCAAAUACAGCUGCAAAGACAACAGCAACAUCGACAGCGACGAAACUCGAAUCAUCCGCUCCGCCGUUCGUACCGCCGAAGCUUUCUCCCAAAUCCGCCCCGUUUGUGCCGCAAACGUUGACGAUGCGAAAAACGGACAGCGCAAAGGAAGAAGAGGAAGAGAAAACCGCCGCCGACAUGAAACGUUCGAGCAGUCAAACGCAUUUGAACGGCAAACCAGACCCAAAAGGCCCGAGCGGCUUGAAAAAAAUGUUCGCCAAACUCUUUCGAUCGGGAAAAGAUGCCGCCGACGACAAGGAAAAAGGCGCUUCUUCAAAAGCCUCCUCUUCCUCCUCCUCGGUGUACGACACCAUGUGA